GGAGGCUGUUGAGCUUGAAACAGGAAAGCAGCAUAAGCAGACAGCACACUGGUAAAGGAACAGCAGCUCAUCAUCUGUAAGAGUCAGCAGAGCCUUGGGGUGCUGGAAGCGGCACCAGAAUCUCCCCCAGCAGAACAUGCUCCCAGGAGGGAGGAGCAGCUUUCCCUGCUGAGAGAGGAGCCCCUGGCCAGAGAAUCCCUCAGCAUGCCAGCCCUGGUCUUUAGCAGGUGGCACCUCUCCUCUGUCCCUGCCCUGCUGACUUGGAUUCUCCUGCUGAGCAUUGGGAAUGGCAGUGCCUGGAAGCGAGGUGUCCCUCGCCUUCGCCUCUCAUACAAAGACCUGCUGAGAUCCAACAGCUCCCGCCUGUUGCUGGGUUCGGGGGAUGGGCUGGCCUUCCAGUCCUUCCUGGUGGAUGAGACCAGGGCGUGGCUGAUGGUGGGAGCCAAAAACCACAUCUUCCUGCUGCAUCUGGACAGGCCAAAUGAGGAGCCUCAGAAGGUUUUCUGGCCAGCCCGCAAGGAGCAGGUGGAGCGCUGCCGGCUUGCUGGGAAGAGCGCAGAGACAGAAUGUGCCAAUUUCAUCCGGCUUCUCCAGCCAUUCAACAGGAGCCACGUGUUUGCCUGUGGGACUGGCUCCUACCAGCCCAUCUGCGCCUUUGUCCAGCUCGGAGCCAGGGCACAGGAGCCGGGGGGCUCCCCUAUACAGCUGGUGGCCAACUCUGUGGAAUCUGGGAGAGGCAAGUGUCCAUUCAGCCCCCAUGAACCUUUCACUGGGCUACUCAUAGACAGGGAGCUGUAUUCGGGCACCUCCAGCGACUUCAUGGGCAGCAGCGCCGCCUUCUUCCGGACCCGAGUUCACAAGGCUGCCCAGAACUACAUCCGGACAGAACAGAACCAAGAUCACUGGCUAAACGAGCCUGUGUUCAUCGGUGCCUACUUGGUUCCCGACACCCACAAUGCCCACGACGACAAGGUGUACGUCUUCCUCCGAGAGACGGCCCUGGAAGCCGGCCAGUGGGAGAGGCGGCGCAUCCAUGCCCGGGUGGCACGCGUGUGCAAGAAUGACGUCGGCGGGAAACGCGGCCUGAUCAAUCGCUGGAGCACGUUCCUCAAGGCCCGGCUGGUCUGCUCCAUCCCAGGCCCCCAGGCCAGCGAGACGCACUUCGACCAGCUCGAGGACGUCUUCCUUCUCCGCACCCGGGACCCACAGAGCCCUCUCGUCUUCGGCCUCUUCACGGUCUCCAGUGGGAUCUUCAGCGGCUCUGCCGUGUGUGUCUACUCCAUGGCUGCCAUGCGAGCUGCUUUCAGCGGGCCCUUUGCACACAAGGAAGGAGCUGACUACCGCUGGGUGGAGUACAAGGGCCGGAUCCCCUAUCCUCGCCCAGGGACGUGCCCCAGCGAAACGUACGACCCUCUUCUCCACUCCACCAAGGACUUCCCUGAUGACCUGAUAAGCUUCAUGCGCAACCACCAGCUGAUGUGGGGCCCCGUGUACCCCCUUGGCCGGAAGCCCAUCCUGGUGAGGGCCAAUGUGCCCUAUCGGCUACGGCAGCUGCUGGUGGACCGGGUGGAGACAGAGUCUGGGCACUACGAUGUUCUCUUCCUUGGAACAGGUAGAUGCUCUGGGAUCUUUACCACCAGCUCCGUGCCGUCUCCUAUCCUGGACAUGCAGUUCUCACCAAAGCGGCCGUUCUGGUUCCAUGAGCAGCAGGAGCUGUUUGUGAGCAGCACCCAUGGGCUGGUCCAGCUCUCCCUGUACCGCUGCGAGCUCUACGGCAAAGACUGCACGGACUGCUGCCUGGCCAGAGACCCCUACUGCACCUGGGAUGGCAAGGGCUGCAGCCCCUACCGGCUGACUGAGAAGAGGCGAGCUCGCUGCCAGGGUGCGCUGAAGGCCGACCCGGUCAGUCAGUGCCAGGACACCACAGCGGGGGUUACUGCAACUGAAGAGAAACUGGUAUUUGGGGUGGAGAACAACACUACUUUCCUCGAGUGCCUGGCGCGCUCUCCCCAGACGGCCAUUCGGUGGCUCGUGCAGCGCAGCAGGGAGGCAGCCCUGGAUGAGGUGAGGACCGGUGACCGCUUCUCUAUCCUGGAGCAAGGACUCCUGAUCCGCCAGCUGGUGAGAGAGGAUGCUGGAGUCUAUCAGUGCCAGGCAGUGGAGCGUUCCUUCUCCCGCCCCCUCACGCACUACAGCCUUCGUGUCAUUGGCCACGAGGCUAUGGGGGCCAAACGGAGCAAGGGUGCCGAGGAGGGAGGCAGCCACCUGAGCGCCAUGCCCGUACAGCUCCAGUACAAGGGCUACCCGCGGACCCCGGGGGCACCGGGCACCAGCCUGGACGAGUAUUGCAAUGCGCUCCGGCACCAGGAGAGGCAGCGGCAAAAGGCCUGGAACCCGAAGUGGCAGCAUUCCUUGGAGAGCAAGAAAGGCCGAGUGCGGAGGCAUCCCGACCCCCUGAAGCCAGCCAGAGCUGGGCUGAGACUAGUCUGAUCUCUGCACAGUGCCCCCUGGGGGGCUUCACUGAACCAGUCUCCAUUAGCCAGCCACGUCUCCAGAGCCCUUCUGAAUGCACAGCCCUGGACACAGGUGCCAGCUCAGCCGCUGCCAAACUCUGCCUGCUGAGAGGCCCGAGGACUCGCCAUGUACUACCUCAGCCGUGACACUGCCCUUUGCCAUCUCCUGGAGCCUGGGGAGGGCCAGCGGACAGUGCAAAUGCACUCAGACACCCCCAGACCAAUGGGGCUGCUAAGUCCAGGAGGUGCUAGAACAGGGACUUCGCAGCCACGGCCUGGAGCAAACAGUCUGGUUACUAGGCCGGCUGACACAGACUGACGUGACGCGAGGACUUUAAACUAUUUACAUACCAUGAAAUAUUUAUUCUCUGCAUUUUUCUUCUGUCAUUUUCUUAUUACGCCUCUUUUUAUUAAUGAUAAAUACUAGAAAUUAAA